AUGGCUCACGGUCGCUCGCUCUCCGCCCUUUCUGUGCUGGUGCUUUUCAGCCAGCUAUUCCUCCAGACAACAGCUGUUCCUCUAUCUACUACAGAGGAUACCAAACGCGAGCAAGUGCAUCUGAGCAGUGGUGAUAACUCGCCCUUCUCAUCGCCCCUGGAUGAUAUCUCCACCGAGCAAGACGCAGAGACCUCGGCUUUCCCCGGCAUCCCAUCCUGGUUCACCUCAACUCUCCAGGCCCGCCGUCUCCUCGCCCUCUCCACCUCUGGCGUUGUCUCAACCAUCUUCCCCGAAUCUGCUUCUCACGUCCCAUCCCCAGUCGUGGGCCAAUCCAUCAGCCUCCGCGAAUACACCGCCGACUGCGACGAGGCCCUCCCCUCCGGCAACGGCGGAGAUGGCAGCCCAACCUUCCUCGCCCUGAACGUCGGCACGACCUUCAGAAACACCGCUGCCGGCUCCAAUGUCAGUCUCGAGCUCGACUGGUGGGAGCACCUCGAUGAAACUGACCCCCUCUUCCCCGGUGCCCCCCUCAGCCCCGCAAGUCUACCCCGCGUAACCCUUUUCGGAUACAUAGAGCCGUUUGAAACACCCAUCCCCAAGGACACCGAGAAAGCGCUGAGAAAGUGCUAUCUGGCUUCGCACCCGGACGCGGUGGUCUGGUUGCCGAAUAAACUGGGCUCGCCGCAUUCGAGCUUCUGGGCGAAGAUGGUGGUCACCCAGGUUUAUUGGAUUGGUGGAUUUGGUAAUAUGGCGCGGAUUGGAUGGAUGGAUGUGGAUGAUUGGAAGGGCAUUCGGAGAGUGGGCAGGGAGUCGAAUGUUGGUGAUGGACGGGGUUGGGAGGAUGUGCGUCUUCCUGGGGAGAAGGCGCAUGCUUAUCAUCGUCCAGACCACGGCUGCAAUGCAACUUAUAUACUCAUCGUGCAGUUGCAACCGCAUCUGCGCGUCACCCAGCACAAGUCGGCGUUUGCGGAGGGAAAUGCGCGCUGGACGAAUCGUGAUCUGGACCCGAUUCCGCGCGGAUUAAGGAAAUGGGGCGUUUGGAGUAUUGUUGCGUACUGGAUCUCCGAUGCCUUCAACGCCGCAACCUGGCAAUUCGCAAGCAGCAUCAUGGCCGUGGGACUGAGUUAUCGCGAAUCACUGAUAAUCGUGGCCGUGUCGUUUUUCAUCAUAUCCUUCGUGAUAGCAGCCAACGGCGCCGUGGGCGCAAAAUACCACAUCCCCUUCCCCGUCAUCGCGCGAGCCAGCUGGGGCUUCUGGGGCAGCUACGUCGCGAUCAUCUCGCGGGUGAUUCUCGCUGUAUUCUGGUUCGCGAUCCAGAACGUCAACGGCGGCAACGCAGUCCGGGUAAUGAUAGGUGCGAUCUGGCCGUCUUUCUUGUCCCUGAAGAACGACAUCCCAGCCAACCAGGGGAUCACGACGAAUGGGAUGGUGGCGUAUACGAUUUUCUGGCUUGUGCAGUUCCCGUUUCUGUGUUUGCAUCCGGAUAAGUUACGCUGGGUGUUUGUGGUCAAGUCGGUUGUGGUGCCGGUUUCGUGGAUUGCGAUUCUGGUGUGGGCGUUUGUGGCGGAGGGGGGAGGGGGGAUGUUUGAGCAGAGUGUGACGGUUAAGGGGGCGAGUUAUAGUUGGUUGUGGUUGGGGAGUAUGAAUUCUGUACUGGGGAAUUAUGCUACGUUGAGUGUUAAUCAGUCUGAUUUCUCUCGCUACUCCCGCGUCAGCCCAAAAUGGCAACUUCUAUACAUCCCCAUGCUACCCAUCGUCUUCACAUUCAUCUCAUUCAUCGGCAUCGCAGCCUCAUCAGCCGGACAAGCGCGGUACGGCGGCGACAUGUGGGAUCCCCUCGUGCUAAUCAGCCACUGGUCCAGUCGAGCCUGUCGCUUCUUCGCAGCCUUCUCGUUCGCCCUCGCCUCCAUGGGCGGGAAUAUCUCCGCAAACUCCAUCUCCGCCGCAAACGACUUCACCGCGCUCGCACCACAGUACAUGAAUAUCCGGCGCGGCCAGGUUCUCUGCGCUUUACUGUCGUGGUGUCUAGUCCCCUGGAGGAUCCUCGCAUCGGCUGGCAACUUUCUCAACUUCAUGUCUGCGUACGCCAUCUUCCUCGGCCCGAUAGCGGCAAUAAUGAUGUGGGAUUUCUGGAUAAUCAAAAACCAGAAAUACGACACCCUCGCUCUAUAUCAGCCGUGGAACGAAACAUACCGCUACUCAAGCUGGGGCGUGAACUGGCGCGCGAUCGUCGCGUUCCUUGUUGGCGUAGCGCCAAACCUACCCGGGUUGAUUAAUUCCGUGAAUACACAUAUCGAUGUUGGUGUGGGAAUUCAUCCGUACCAGUUUGGGUGGCUUUUGGGGUUUGUAGCCACGAGUUUUGUGUAUGUGGGUUUGUCGUGGUGGUUUCCGGUUAGGGAGGCGUUGGUUGAGAGGGCGGUUAUGGCGGAGGAUGUUUACGAUGAAGUUGAGGGGGUGGGGGUUGGUGAUGUUUCGGGGGAUAGUCAGGAGAAUAUGCAGAGGGUGAGGGAGGGGGUGGGGGAGAAGGGGAAGGGCUUAGUAUAG